AACUGCAGCGGGAGGUCAUUCCAAGCCACAACUCCCCUGUAGGCAAAUUUUCCAUUUAUUUUUAAUUGAUUAGGUAAUGUUAAAUGAAGUAUCGAAUUUGUCCUAGUAAACAUUUCCGUUAACUUUGGUAGCAUGUUAUUUCUAUAACUUAGAAUCGCUAAGUUGACGUUUUCUAAUUUAGAAACUCCAUUUCCCAAAAUUUUCUAAUUUAAAACUCCAUUUGCCUUUGGUGUUUUUGUGAAGAACUUGCCAAACGACCAACCAUGUCAGACGACCAAGGAAUGCGAUCAACACGCAGAAACAAGAGAAAAGGACAAUUCUCCCUACCUAAAGACGAAGAACACCUCGAGGAAAGAUACAUCGAUGAUGAUAUCGGUCGAGGAGUUUUUACCACAAAAACAUUCUCCAAAGGGGAUUUCCUUCUAGAAUACAAAGGGGAAUUAAUUUCUCAAGAGGAAGGUUACAUUAGAGAGAAGAAUUACCCUGACGACCUUGGAAGCUUUCUUUUCUUUUUCCAACAAGGAAAUGCCUCAUUGUGGUAUGUUCAGGCUAAUAACGUCCAUCCAAGCACUGCUUCAACAUUUAGGACUGCUUUUCACUUACGCGAUUUUCAUACGCACUAUGCAAUUGUUGAUCCAUGUGUUAAAUAUAAUCAAAAUUUGGAAGCAUUUAAAUUUUUCUGCGCGUAA